ACAUGGUGAAGAAGUCGAUCGUUUAGAAUUUUUUGAUGAAGAAUAUACUGAAAAAACAAUUAAAAAAUUUUCUAAUGAUACAUCAUCAAAAGAUAUUAAAUAUUCUACUUUUUCUAAAGCUAUCGCUGUUGGUAAUCUUGUUAAAAGUGCACUUGGUCCAAAGGGCAUGGAUAAAAUUCUUCGAUAUAAUAUGAGUGGUGGACUUGAUGCAGAUAAAUUAUUAAUAACAAAUAAUAGAACAAUGAUAUUAUCAAAAAUUGGUGUUGAUAAUCCGGUAGUAAAAGAUCUUGUUGAUAUUUCAAAAGUACAAUAUGAUGAAGUUGGUGAUGGCUCAAAAUCUGUUGUUGUUUUAGCUAGUGAACUACUUCGAGAAACGGAAAAUUUACUUGCACAAAAAAUUCAUCUUCAGACGAUUAUUACAGGAUGGCGGAAAGCAACUAAUGAAGCACUUACAGUUUUGGAAGGUGUUGCUAAAAAUAAUAGUUCAAACUUGGAACAGUUUAAAAGUGAUCUUAUGAAUAUUGCUCGUACAACACUUAGUUCAAAAAUUCUUCAAGAAAAAAAAGAUCAUUUAUCGAAAUUAUGUUUUCUAUUAGGAGAACGUAUUGGUACGAAUAUGCCGAAACGUAUUGAAAAUGCUCGUAUUUUAAUUGCAAAUAUACCAAUGGAUACAGAUAAAAGAAAAGUAUCUGAUUCAUCUGUGCAUAUUGAUUCAAUUGCUAAACUAGUUCAAUUAGAAUUAGCUAAAAACGAAAAAAUAAAAGAUAAAGUUGAAAAAAUUCUUCAAUUUAGUUGUAAUCUUUUUAUUAAUAGACAAUUAAUUUGUGAUUAUGCCAAUCAAUUAUUUGCUGAAAAAGGUGUUAUGACUAUUGAACAUACAGAUUUUGACGGUUUAAAACGUUUAGCACAAAUACUUGAUGCAGAUAUUGUAUCAACAUUGGAUACACCAGAUGAAAUACGUUUAGGAAAAUGUAUUCUUAUUGAAGAAGUUAUUGUUAAUGAAGAUAAACUUAUUAAAUUGUCAGGAGUAACACAAGGUGAAGCAUGUACAAUUGUAUUACAUGGUGCUACACAACAAAUUCUUGAUGAAGCUGAACGAUCAAUUCAUGGUGCACUUUGUGUUCUAUCUCAAACAGUUAAAGAACCACGUAUUUGUUAUGGAGGAGGUUUAUCUAAAAUAAUAUUUUAUUUAA